CUGAAGACAGAGGUUAUCCCUUUGCCUUUUCAAGUCUAUAAAUAGUCUUUACCUCUUGCAUAAUUAUGCACUCAUCACUUGAUCAAACCAAACACACGCACACAUACACACCCAAUGGCUUCCAAGAAUGUUUUCCCAAGUACUCUUGCUCUUUUCCUUUGCCUCAACCUUUUCUUUGCCGUAGUUUCUGGCUGUGGCACUUGUCCUAAACCAAAGCCAAAGCCAAAACCAAAACCAUCAUGCCCUCCACCUCCUUAUUAUCCUACAGAAACUUGCCCAAUUGAUACACUUAAGUUAGGUGUUUGUGCUGAUGUUCUUGGUUUAGUGAAUGCUGUUAUUGGCUCACCACCAGUGACACCUUGUUGUAGCCUACUUUCUGGACUUGCUAAUGCUGAAGCUGCUCUUUGUCUUUGCACUGCUAUUAAGGCUAAUAUUUUGGGGAUUAACCUUAAUGUUCCAGUUUCACUUAGUUUGCUUCUUAAUGUUUGUUCCAAAGAAGCUCCUGCUGGCUUCCAGUGCUCUUAACUAGUAGUAAUUGAUUUCUCAAGUCAAGAUUUAAGGAUGUCUUUAUAAUUUCUUGGAGGGUCUUUCUUUCUUUGUGUGUGUAUGGGUGGGGUGGGGUGGGGGUGGGGGGUGACUGGUGAGGGUUGAGGGUUGAGGAUACUAUACUAUACUUUGAGAUGGUUGGUUUAGUUUGAAGAUUGUAAAUUGUAAUACCCAAGUAUUUUGGUAAGCGUUUCACUUACCAAUUUGAAGUUGUUUAAUUAUAUAUGUUGAUAUAUGGCAUUUUAAAGUUUGUGUUCUA